CUUUCUCUCGUUUUACAUUUUACUUUAUGCUCUUUUACUAUUUUUUUUUUUAAAAAACCACAGUUGCAAAUUCUCUAAAUCCUUCUCAAUCAUAUACAUAUCCAAUAUUUAAACUUGUAUUUAACCAUCUAUAAUACCUAUAAUUCUUUUUCUUUCUGCUAUCAUCACCAACAAAACGUUCAACAGCAAUUCCUCAACAAAAAAUUAUAAAUCAUGUCAACCGAUAACCAUAGCACUUAUUAUGCUCCUAUAGCACCUAAUAAACAACCAUUAACAACAGCUGAAGAGGAAGACGAUCUAUCCUUGGCUGAAAUCAUGUCAUUAAAGGUUUCUAUCUCUUCAGCAAACGUAGUAAAGGGAAAGGAGGGAGGCGCUAAAAAACAAAGUAAACUCAUGUCCAUGUCCAAAAAUAACCAUAGUCCAUCAAAGCAGCCUCAACAUCUACCACUAAUGCAUACAGUAACAAACCAGCCACUACCACCACCUUCCAAAUAUCAUGACUGGAUACAUCAUCAACAACAAAACGAGCUCAUUUAUCAGCAACACAUGCAAUCUACUUAUUACCAGUUGCAAUAUCUGCAGCAGCAACAAAUGUUGGCAAUGAUGGCCAUGCGCCAUAGUAGUUCUUCCUCUUUGAGUAGCAGUAGUAGCAGCAGUAGCAGUGGCAGGUCGUCGCUGUCUUCCAUUGGUAGUAUGAGAUCUAGUAUCAGUAAUAGCAACCAACAACGAAGCAAACAUUCUGCUCAUUUACCUCAGCAACAGUAUGCCUCUCGGGAAUGGCAGCCUUCUCCUUCGUCUUCUUCAACCUCGUUCACCUCAAGAAACAGUAGACACUCUAGAAGAAAUAGUAAUAGUAGUACUACCAGCAGCUGUAGCAGAGCAUCCACUAGUACUUUGGCCAUGGCCCUACCGUCGCAUCCACUACAAACAUCGCCUCCUCCUCCCAAGAGACGGCAGUCUCUAAGUAAGCGUAUUAAAAAGGUUUUUGGUAUGACAGAUCAUUCUUCUUCUUCAUCUGCAUCCACUUGCUCCCCUAUACCCGAAAUGAAAGAAGAAAUGACGGCUACAACGGAUGAUGCCACAGCAACCCAAGAGGAGAGCUUGUCAGCAUUGAAAAAAUCCACACUAUGUAAAAGUCACACUGCCCCCACAACGCUAAGCUUAUUAGAAUCUACACCGAUCUCUUCAAAGCAAAACGGUUCUCAACGUCGCAACCGCAUUUCUACAACGCAUAGCACGUUACUGUCUUCUUCCUCGACAUCCUCGUCCUCGUCCUCGUCUUCGUCCUCCUCAUCCUCCUCUGUUUUCUCUAGUUCUCCCUCUAUGACCAGUGCUAUCACUACGGCAACAUCGGCUUCUACUGUAGCGAGUACUCAAACAACGAGUCACUCCAUGAGCAGUAGUAAAAGUAAAAAGUCGCUGUCGUUUGAUCCCAUCCUUCAAUUACACGAAACAUUUUCGGCAGCUGAAUAUGAUCGUCGAUGUGAUACCAAUGCUACCUGUCAAAAAUUGACGCCUGCGUUGGCUUUGAAAAUCAAAGAGGAACUCAAUUUAUUCAAGCUGAAUGAUAUGACGGUCCAUAAGGAUAGUAAACAAUUCACUCAUUUCUUUAUGUAAGAAUGAUAACUUUAUAAUGCUCAUUAAAGGAAAAUAUCUUCCCGCUUGUUCGAUGCACACAAUGGAUGUUAUCCCUCUUUUUCCCCGCUUUUUUUCUUUCACGGAUACACCCUACUAAACAGCC